AUGGUUGGGUAUUGUAUCAGUCUGCAUAGUGCCAUAGAAAGAAGCAGCCAUGUGAGUUUGGUUGGUCGUGAUUGUAGUCUCUUAUAUAUUAAGGCUGCCGUACUUGAUUUGAUGUUUUACCACAUAGAUGAGGAUAAGGAUAAGGAUAGCAACCUUAAGAGGCUAGAAGCUCAAUCAAUGGAGGAAGGAGCUACCCCCAUGACUAAGGAUCAGAGGUUUGAAGCACGCAUCCGUGCACAACUAGAGAAGGAGAAUGAGGAAUUGAAGAGGCAAGCUGAAACAAAUAGGAUGCGUUGGGAUUCGUUGGAGAAGGAAAACAGUGAUUUGGCUUCGCGACCAGAGUCCUUAGAGUCCAAUAUGCAUGUUGGGAUACAAACACAGGUGCAUGCCGUGCUUCAAACUCAGCUCACCACAUUUUUUCAGCAAAUGAAAGAGUCAAGGAAAAAUCUUACCUCUCCUCAUUGUGACAGGCUUGAAAGGAAUGAAGGCUCUGUGGGGAGAAUGUUGAUAUUGGUUAGAAUUUUUAGAAAAGCAAUCCAAGACAUGGGAUUGGAUGAUGGUGAUGGAUCAAUUAAUGUAGCAAAGGGAUGUUUUUUGCUUGAAUAA